UACUCUGACACAGAGUCAGUGGCUAAUGCUAACAAGCUCAAGAUGGCCGGACAGGAAGACCCAGUGCAAAGAGAAAUUCACCAGGAUUGGGCGAAUCGUGAAUAUAUCGAAGUAAUCACUAGCAGCAUUAAGAAAAUCGCCGAUUUCCUGAAUUCAUUCGAUAUGUCCUGCAGGUCGCGUCUAGCCACUUUGAAUGAGAAGCUGACCGCACUGGAGAGGCGAAUCGAAUACAUUGAAGCCCGAGUCACAAAAGGGGAAACCUUGACUUAGACAUCUGGAUCCACAUCAGAACGCAAUGACGGCUAUACACACACACUCACCUCCUUAUCAUUUACUUAAAUCAUUCAAGAUAUGUUUCUGUUGGUUGGCUAUUGUAGAUCUGUUCAUUUCUGUAUGGGACCAUUGUGUUGAUGUCUAUGCUGUAAACAGAAAUUGGUUCUUCCUCAUUUUAUGGCUGAAGUUAUACAGUGUCGGGUACUUCAGUUUUUUCGAUCCAUCAGGCAAAAGUUCUUGUCUCUGUGGUGUUGGUUCAUGCAAACAACUGAUGUAGUAUCUUUUUCUGAUGACUUUACUUUGAUGCAUCAUCCAAAAGUAUAUCAAUGGUAAUGCAAACAUAGACUGAAAAUAACUUAGUUAAACGGACAUUAUGCCUUGAUAUCUUUUUUUAUUAUUAACAUUUUAUGUGUAGGUGUUUUGAUUAGUCCUCCUGUGUUUUAACAGAGUUUAUAUUGUUAAUUCAGAAACGUGUUUUAAGUACAUUGCUGCCUGCUGUACAUUUAUCAUGAGACAAACAUCUGCACAUGAGAAAUGCCAGUUAGAGGUAUGAGUGAAUGGAGUGCACUAAAGUGCCAAUCAGACUGUAAUGUGUAAUUAUGGUAAUGUUUUGUGGUUUAACAAUAAAUAAAAACUCAUUUAAACCA